GCCCAUAUAUGAAAAAGAUAUCAUAUCUCCUUACGACUGUCGCCAAGUUGCCAAGGAUAUUGGUGCUACAUACUAUGAAACCAGCGUUGUUACAAUGUUUGGAAUACGUGAACUGUUUGAUAAUGUAAUCCGAGCCGCACUGAUAUCCCGGCGACACACUCGAUUUUGGAUUUCUAGUUUACGGAAAGUACAGAGUCCACUACUGCAAGAGCCUUAUUUGCCACCCAAACCAGAACCACCAGACUUGACAUUGCCCCCAUCUUCAUUCUGCAGUGAUAUAGGAAGUUUGUUGGAUAAUCCCUGUUGUUCAGAUGUUGUUUUUUUGGUGAAAGGUAUACUCAUUCCAGCGCACAGGGUGUGUUUAGUUGCUGCAUCACCAUUGUUCUUUGACUUGUUCAUGAUGGAUUUGUCAGCUAAAAUUGGGGAUUCCACUUGUAAAGUAGAGGGAGUUCACCCAAAUAUGCUGGAUAGCAUCGCUGGCAAUAAUGGAAUUAAGUCUAGGGACUACAAGGAAGAGAUGAGCACUGUUGUCAUGACAACCCCUGGCACAUCGUCUUGGACAACAUUCACCGAUUCUACUCCAGAUCUCACUGCCAAGCUAAACCUCCCACUAGAGGGCGCUGCAUCAAAUAUUCCAGCCAGUGAAGUAGUAAGGACUCCCAGUAGUGAGGAUUCCAUUGAACUACUGGGUGCUUGUGCUCCUAAAAUACUGCCCUCAACGUCACUAUUUAAUGAACCAUCCACGAGCCAUUGCAGUGUUCAUUCCACUGCCAAAUUUCUUGGAUAUCCAGGUAAAAUAUUGGACCACCCAGCAUUGGCCUCGAUUCACUUACAACCAGUUGACAAUCCAGUAAACGGGAAGCCUAGUAUCCAGACUGUAGUCACAGUACAGCAGCAUAUCUCACCAGUGGCUUUCCAAGUUUGUCUGGAAUAUCUUUACACUGGUACUUUCGAUCAAGAACGAUGGCAUAAUAUCAACCUGUCAGAGUUGAUUACAGUGGCUGAUGCACUAAAGUUGACAUCUUUGGUUACCUUGGUUACCGGUGUGAUGAAUCAUGAUGCAUAUGUCAAUGAAAUUAUUCUAAAAGCACAAUACAUGUUAGGAAGAACUAGCAGACUGAGAGAACUUAUUCUAAGAAAAGGAUUGUUUUCAGACAUGUUAAUUCAGACUGAUGAUGGUACAGUGGCUUCCCAUAGAGCUUUAUUGAUGGCUAGAUGUGAUAUGAUGUAUGCUAUGCUGGGUGGUAACUUCAAAGAAAGCACAUGUUAUGAGGUUUUUAUGCCGGGAACUAAGCACUGUUUUCAGGCAUUGCAAGAAUACCUAUAUACUGACCAGUGUCCACCGAUGAAACCUGCCGAAUGUUUAUGUCUGAUUGAAAUGGCCAAUUUCUUGUGUUUGCCAAGACUGGUUGCUCUGGGCGAGGAGAAUAUCAUCAGAGAAUUCAACCUGGCUUUGGAGAAAGAACGCGACAUCCAAGAAGAUGUCAUCAAUAUGUUGAAUGUUGCACAGAUGCACAAUGCCCAUCAACUGCAUUCGUGGUGUUUGACGUUUUUAGCACGACACUUCAGUGAUUUACAUCAAGAGUACAUGAAGAGCCUCCGUAAUGUGGCGUCUGAGGAUGCCCGAUAUCUACAGCGUCAUCGCUGGCCACCCACUUGGUACAUCAAAGAGAAAGACUAUUAUGACAAAGAAAAAAGAGAGCAAGACAUGAGUAAAAGAACCACUGAGCGGAAGGGAAAGAGAAAAUGGUGUCUGUAAGCUCAUCUGUGAGGACAUCUUAACACUUUGAGCAUAAAAAUCAAUUUUUGUCACCUAUUUCACUAUUGUUUAAAA